GAAUUCCUACUAUAUUCAUUAUUACGUGGACAGUGACACGGAUCAUUUUAGAGGACACUGGUUGCUGGGAUACAAAUGAGCAUGGUGGUCCCUGGUGGGUUAUACGAAUACCAAUUUUAAUUUCUAUUAUAGUGAAUUUUAUACUUUUCAUUAGUAUUAUAAGAAUCUUACUGCAGAAGUUAAGAUCUCCAGAUGUUGGAGGAAAUGACCAGUCACAGUACAAGAGACUUGCAAAAUCCACAUUGUUGCUUAUUCCGUUAUUUGGAGUUCACUACACAGUGUUUGCUCUAUUUCCUGACCGCAGUUCCAAUAAUUAUAAAAUAAUCUUUGAGUUGUGUUUGGGAUCUUUUCAGGGGUUGAUUGUUGCAGUCCUGUAUUGUUUUUUGAACAGUGAAGUGCAAGGGGAGCUGAAAAGAAAAUGGCGGAGUUUGUGCUGGAAGCAGACAGCAGGCAGAGAUUACAGACUCCACAGCUCUUCAAUUUCUCGAAAUGGGUCCGAAAGCAUUUCUCAGCUCCACCGGAAUUCAAGAGCUCAGUCGAUUAUGCAGACAGAGACCACCAUGAUAUAAAUCAGCUAGGUCCCCCAAAACAUGAAAAACUGUGGGAUAUAUCAUUCAUUAUGCAGUCUGAUGUGAUAUUUUAUAAAAUGUACAGUUUAGUGCUUUGCUUUUCUACAUGUUGGUAUUUGGGAAAUUGGUUUGUGCAGCCAACCAGGUAAUAACAGAGACACCUGCCCCAUGGAUGCCUUCUGGUUUUUUAAAAUGGUAUUCAUAUUAAUUCUGAGGUUCUCUUGCUGUUUACUAGCCGUAACUAUUCAAAAACUCAUUUACUAUAAUGGUCCCUUUACCCU